UUUUUUUUUGCAAACAAACCCUCCAAAUUUUUUCAAAUUCCCCCGCUUCAAUUUUCACUCAAUCUUUAUUUAAACCCUUCGGUCUUUCACUCUUCAUCACUCAAAAACCCUAACCCUAAAACAAACCCUUUCCCACUUCUCAAAUAAUCACUUUUUUUCCAAACGCAAACCAAACAAUGCCUGCUUUUCCAGAAGAACCACUUCUCGCCCCUAACCCAGACCGUUUCUGCAUGUUCCCAAUCCAAUACCCUAAAGUCUGGGAAAUGUACAAAAAAGCCGAAGCUUCUUUCUGGACCGCAGAAGAAGUCGAUCUCUCACAAGAUAAUCAGCACUGGAUCUCCCUCACCGACGGAGAACGCCACUUUGUUUCGCAUGUUCUUGCCUUCUUUGCUGCCUCCGACGGUAUCGUCUUGGAGAAUCUUGCCGGAAGAUUCAUGAAAGAGGUUCAGAUCUCAGAGGCGCGUGCUUUCUACGGAUUCCAGAUUGCGAUUGAGAAUAUCCAUUCCGAGAUGUAUUCUCUCCUCCUCGAAGCGUAUAUCAAAGAUUCCGCUGAGAAGAAUCGUUUAUUUCACGCUAUAGAGACGAUUCCUUGUAUUGCCAAGAAAGCUGAAUGGGCGAUGAAGUGGAUCGAUUCGUCUGAUACUUUUGCUGAGAGAAUCGUUGCGUUUGCUUGUGUUGAAGGUAUAUUUUUCUCUGGUAGUUUCUGUGCGAUUUUCUGGCUUAAAAAGCGCGGUUUAAUGCCUGGAUUAACUUUUUCAAACGAGCUUAUUUCGCGUGACGAAGGUCUUCAUUGUGAUUUCGCUUGUUUGCUUUACUCACUUUUAAAGAAGAAACUCAGUGAAGAGCGCGUUCAGAAAAUAGUACGAGAUGCGGUUGAGAUCGAGAGGGAAUUUGUUUGCGACGCGCUUCCUUGCGCGUUAGUUGGUAUGAACGGUGAUUUGAUGAGUACGUAUAUCGAGUAUGUUGCUGACAGAUUGUUGGCUGAGCUUGGAUGUGGGAAGAUUUAUAAUGUUACGAAUCCUUUCGAUUGGAUGGAUCUGAUUUCGCUUCAAGGGAAAACCAACUUUUUUGAAAAGCGCGUUGGGGAGUAUCAGAAAGCUUCUGUUAUGAAUAGUUUGACUGCAAAUGGGACUGAUCAUGUGUUUAAGCUUGAUGAGGAUUUUUAGAUCCAGAAAUUAGGGUUAUCUACUAAUAUUUAUAUUUAAUUUUUAAUAAUUGUUUGUGUCAUGUGUCUCCCAUCAUUUUAUGGUUGAGUUUUUAAGGCGUUUUCUUAGCUUUAUGGUAUUGUUUCACUUUCAUGUAAAAAGCUGUUUACAAAUUUAAUGAAUGUACUGUUUCUUUCUUAA